UGCCAGGUGGCAUCGUCUUUUAAAAAACAGACACAAAAAAAAUAAUAAUAAUAAAAAAUAAAGUGUUUUGUCCAAUAAAUAGUAGUUGAUAUAAAGUGUUUGUGCGGAUGGAUUAUGUUUAUUGUGGCGGUGCUGAUCAAAUUGGCGCUGCAGAAGAUAUAUUAAGUGUUUACGACACAGGCCCUUCGCGUAGCUCUGAGCAUUAUUCUCCAAGUUAUAAUGGAUUCAAUAUCGGCUCAAGCGAUGCCGACUAUGUCGCUAAUCCAAUUCCGGUUCUUGCUGACGGUGGAGAAAAUUUUGGCGUCUCAACUGUGGCGUUUGAUGACUAUGAAGAACUUCUUUGGAUGGGCAAUCAAGGCGGACAUGUCACCUCGUAUUAUACGAGCUCUUUGCAAAAAUAUACAUCAUUCCAAGUCCACGCCAGCGACAUUGUUCGACAAAUUAUUACAAUUGAUUCAGGAGUUUUGGUAUUAACACAGACCUCACUACGACACCAAAUUCGUCGGGGACUUCCAAAGUUUACACACAAGUCCAACAAUAUGGUGGAAAUGGUGUGCAUGCUGCAGUUAUCGCCACAUCGUUUAGUUAUGGCCGGUUUGCAGGAGGAACUUAUUGACUUUGAUAUGGGCAGUCUAAAGGAAACAAGGUUGGAGCAUGUCGGUUCAGCUGGAUGCACAGUUCUGCGCAAGAACUCGCGAUAUCUAUUUGCCGGCGAUCAAUUUGGAACAGUCACAUUAAGAGAUUUAAACACCCUAAACGUGGAGCACACAAUCAAAACGCAUACGAAUAGUCUUUCAGACUUUGAUGUGCAGGGAAAUUAUCUGAUAUCGUGCGGAUUUAGUGGACGUCAAAAUAACUUGGCUAUAGAUCGUUUCCUCAUGGUCUAUGAUCUGCGAAUGCUUCGACUGAUUUCACCAAUUCAAGUUCUGAUUGAUCCACAAAUGCUCAAGUUUCUGCCAUCUCUUACAUCGCGUCUAGCCGUCGUAUCGAGUUAUGGACAAUUUCAGCUGGUUGACACCGUUGAGCUGAGUGAACCACGAGUCUCCAUGUAUCAAAUCAACACGAAUGGCAGUCAAUGUUUGAGUUUCGACAUUAGUUCCUCAUCGCAGGCUAUGGCCUUUGGGGACCAAUCUGGCCAUAUUAAUACUAUUGCCUCAAUUCAAACCCCUCAGCCGCAGUUUAAUGCCUUUUCGCGCAACACUGAGUUUGCGGAUGUUGUGCCACAAUUACCCAUGGUUCCAUUUACAGACACUAAUUUCCCAUUGUCCUCAGUUAUGUUGCCGCAUUUAACGACUGGUACACGUUGGUUUUCCGACUGGCCAGAAGAGCUCUUGCGCUAUGGUUAUCAUCGUCCAAAAACUAUUGAUGCAGACGUUCUUAAUAAUAUGAAAAUGCAGGGCCCAAUAGGUUAUUCACCGAAUCCGAGAACAGCGCGUCGUAAUCAAAUCCCUUACUGCUUGGUUGAGCAGGGUCAAGGAGGUUCAUCCAAUGCAAACGUCAAUGGCAACACGACAACUGCUAAGGCAGACAGUGGAGUAAAAAUUAUACCAAGGCGGUAUCGUAAAGUCGAGCUAAAAUAUACGAAGUUGGGAACUCAAGACUUUGACUUUGAACAGCAUAAUCAAACAAUAUUUGCCGGACUUGAAGCGACCUUGCCGAAUUCAUAUUGCAAUGCCAUGCUGCAGAUCCUGUACUUCACGGAACCAUUACGUUUGAAGUUGAUUGGUCAUACCUGCUUAAAGGAGUUUUGUUUGUCCUGCGAAUUGGGAUUCCUAUUUCACAUGCUGGAUAAAAGCACUGCUUCAACGCCUUGCCAAGCCAGUAAUUUUCUGCGAUCGUUUCGCACUGUUCCCGAAGCCUCAGCUUUGGGUUUGAUUUUAACUGAUCGAUCAUCAAAUGUUAAUCUGAUUACUUUAAUUCAGAACUGGAAUCGGUUUAUUUUGCAUCAAAUGCAUUAUGAAAUUCUGGACUCUGGAAAGAAUUCGGCUCUAAGUGGUUCCCAAAACACAUCUUUUGCUGGAGAUAGCAUGGGCACAACGGAAAACACAACUUCCUCUGAUUUGUACGAUUCAAUCUCCGACGAGAGUUCAAAGGAGGAGGAGCGCGAACGUUGUAAAAUCAAUGCAGAAACAGAAAUAAGUAAGAUAUUUGGAACCAAACAGAUAUGCAUUAACCGCUGUAUUAAAUGUCAAGCAGAGAAAUCAAAGGAGAAUAUUCUACUGGCCUGCAACUUAUCUUAUCCGACGCAUAUUAAAGACAGUGAACAACAUUUUGAUUUUGGCAACAUUUUAAAGCGAUCUCUGAGCUCCGAAAAAAAUAUUCAAGCCUUUUGCGAGAACUGUAAGAAGUUUUCCCCAACAAAUCAGAGCGUUAAGGUCACAUCUUUACCACAAACUCUGGCAAUCAACUGUGGUCUGAACAACGAAAAGGAUAUCAGCUUCUUGAAGCGACAGCUAAAUCGCUGUAAUGAUAGGCCGACUGCUGAGACCGUAUCCUUGAGCACCAACAAACCGUGCCGUUAUGGUGUUAACUGCUCGCGAAGCGAUUGCCAUUUCAUGCAUCCCGAUCGAAAAUCUCCAUCGCACACCAAUCAACCGGGUAAUAUUAACAGCUCACCAAGUGCUCGCCAGAAAUCGUGGUUUCCUUUGACCUUCAACAUGGGUAUUAAUGAGGAAGACGAGCUGAUCGUGCAAUCACCCAGCCAAACAGCCAAAUCAGAGCAGGAGGAAGAAGAUGAGGAGCAACAGCAGCAGCAAGAAGAGUUCACCAAGGACAGUGUUCAGCGAAUGUAUGGCUUACAUGCAGUUCUCUGUCAAAUCGACGAUGGCACCCAGAAGAAUCUAGUUUCCUUGAUUAAUGUUCGACAGAAAUAUCAUGCAAUGAAAGCGAGCACGUCAGACACAUCGGAAGAGACGCAGAAUCAAUGGUACAUCUUUAAUGAUUUCAGCAUUUCGCCCGUUGCACCACAAGAAUCAGUUUGGUUCACAUUGGAUUGGAAGGUGCCAUGUGUGCUCUUUUAUCAAAGUCUAGAAGAUGAUGUCGAGUCUGGGCCGUCAGUUGAUGAGCUUGCAGCCGCAAUGAAGAGCUCAGAUUUAACUACCACACCAACUAAUCCGUUUUUACAAGAUAUACUAAACCCGAUGCCAAACAACCUCAGCACAGAUGCGACUUUAAAGACACUUCAAGGAAACGAGAUGCCUCAAGCAGGUGAUUUAAUUGCAAUGGAUGCAGAAUUCGUUACUUUGAAUCCGGAGGAAAAUGAAAUUCGUCCAGAUGGCAAAACAGCAACAAUAAAACCAUGUCACAUGAGCGUGGCACGUAUAUCAUGUAUUCGAGGACAAGGCCCUGAUGAAGGUGUUCCAUUCAUUGAUGAUUAUAUCUCGACACAAGAAAAGGUGGUCGAUUACUUAACACAAUUUUCAGGCAUCAAGCCGGGCGACUUAGAUGCCAAUUUCAGUAAUAAGCGAUUGACUGCCUUGAAGUAUUCAUAUCAAAAAUUAAAGUUUCUUGUUGAUGUCGGCGUCAUAUUUGUAGGCCAUGGCUUAAAAAAUGAUUUCAGGGUUAUCAAUAUUUAUGUACCGUCCGAGCAAAUAAUCGAUACUGUACAUCUCUUUCAUCUUCCCCAUCAUCGUAUGGUUUCCUUGCGCUUUCUCGCUUGGCACUUUUUGGGUACAAAGAUUCAAUCGGAGACACACGACUCUAUAGAGGAUGCCCGUACAACACUUCAGCUCUACAAACAUUAUCUUCAGCUGCAAGCGGAAAAGAAAUUUACGGUUGCAUUAAAGAACCUAUAUGAUCGUGGCAAACAGUUGCAAUGGAAGGUACCGGAGGAUUAAGUUGAGAGAUUGCAUAUUCACGCUAAUAGCCAAUACAAAUGAUACACCGGCCAGCAAGAAUGCAAGUUUUUAAUGUAUUUUUGUAUCAGAAAAAGAAUUCCAUUUUAUUUUAAGCUCAAUUCUUGAGUGACAGGAAGAAAAAUAAAAUCAGUCCAAUAUAUUUUCA